GGAAUCCACUGGUUUCUAGUUUCUCUCUGGUUCGCCGACAGAGGGACUGAGAGAGAGCACACACCUACUAUCUUUUUGCCCAAGAACUCCGUUCUCGAAUCUGCGAGAAAGAAAAAUUCGAUUUUUUUUCCCCUAUCAGCAAUGGCGAUAAAGACCCCCAUUGGCGGGCUGAGGCUGGCCUCCCCGCCCUCGGCCUUUCUGCGAGCCCCUUCCAAGAGGGCCACCGUCGCUUGCCCACCCCUCCGGACCUCCUUCUUUAACGGCGGAGUGGGUGCUUUAAAAGCUGUAGAGAUUCGAACAUCCAGGUUUAACAGACAGAGAUGUGGUGGGCUUCGUGGAGGUGGUCUUGGUGCCCAGAUGAACCUAUUUGAUCGGCUGGGUAGGGUAAUCAAGUCCUAUGUAAAUGCCAUCAUAAGUUCUUUUGAAGAUCCAGAAAAAAUAUUGGAACAAGCUGUAAUCGACAUGAACAAUGACUUGACAAAGAUGCGCCAAGCCACUGCUCAGGUAUUAGCAUCCCAGAAGCGUUUGGAGAACAAAUAUAAAGCUGCACAGCAAGCUUCUGAUGAUUGGUAUCGUAGGGCACAACUUGCUCUGGCAAAAGGAGAUGAGGAUCUUGCUCGUGAGGCCCUUAAGAGGCGUAAAUCUUAUGCUGAUAAUGCAAGCUCGCUAAAAGCUCAGCUUGAUCAGCAGAAAGGUGUGGUUGAUAAUCUCGUAUCCAAUACCCGGCUUUUGGAGAGCAAGAUACAGGAAGCUAGGUCAAAGAAAGAUACUCUAAAAGCUCGUGCUCAGUCAGCAAAGACUGCAACAAAAGUGAGUGAAAUGUUGGGAAAUGUCAAUACAAGUGGUGCUCUUUCAGCAUUUGAGAAGAUGGAGGAAAAGGUUAUGGCAAUGGAGUCUCAAGCAGAGGCCCUUAAUCAGUUGACAACUGAUGACCUAGAAGGAAAGUUUGCAUUGCUUGAAAGCUCAUCAAUGGAUGAUGAUCUUGUGAAAAUGAAAAGAGAAUUGUCAGGAAGCUCUUUGAGAGGAGAACUUCCUGCUGGUAGAACGGCAGUUAGCAGUUCAAAGGCAACAUUUCCUUUCCAAGACAUGGAGAUUGAGAAUGAGCUCAAUGAAUUGCGAAGAAAAGCCAAGGACUAUUAAAGCUUCCGGCAGCUGUUUUGCAGGAAGUCCGCCUUAUCACUUCAUCUUAGUAAAUUCAGACACUUUUUAUAUAGUACCAGAGCAUUUUAUUAUGAUGGUUGAAAAGAACAAAUCGGAGUAUCUCUGAGAUUAUGAAUCCAUGCUCUAUUGAGCGGACUAUUCUUGACGCAUCAAGGAUCGUGCCUUGGUAUGUAUUCAGUAGCAGCAUGUUUGUAAAAAAAAUUAGUCAAAUAUGAUACUCCUUUCUUCUUUUCACCUAAUUAUACACAUCAAAUGUACUUACACAUUAUGCAUGGUGGACUUUUUGGAAAA